AUGCGCGAGAUAUUCUACCACGACCAGAAGGGCACAGAAGCGUUCUCCGGCUCGCUCAAGUACCGUCACAUCCUGGCCGCCAUGACGCUGCACCCGAUCAAGGUGCCCACGCUGCUGUACAAGCUGCACAACUUCUUCCUGAGCCAGCAGGUGCAGGAGGAGCAGCGUCACAAGGUGGAGCGCUACCGUCAGGUGGUGCGCAGCACGCCGCCCGAACAGCAGAGCGAGCUCAGCCCUCUCACCCGCCGCCUCGGGUCACCGCCGAUGCUCUCCAAGCUGCCGGUGACGGAACCGGAACAGGCGGUCGCCUGGUCCCACAUCGGCUCUCACUUCAUGCUGCACUCGGAGAAGACGAUGGACCCGCGCGUCUACGCCGCCUUCCACCUGCGCGAGGGCGUGCGGGACGCCACCAGCUCCCUCAUGGACUACAUGCUGUCGUUCUCGCAGGAGCGGGGACGCAGCCUGAGUCUGCAGGAGCUCAACUACGGCUACCACCGCGUGGACCCGCUGAACGGCGUGGAUAUGGUGCUCGAUCUGGUGCUCAAGUACAUCCGGUUCCGCGGCAAGCGGGUGGUGCAGACUGUGCGCCGACACGCCUACCUGCAGCAGGCGUUCGGCAUGCCCGAGGCGCGCAGCGUUCCGCGACAAGACUCGUCUAUUGUGGUGAACGUCGUCGUGGCCGUCUCUGGAAAGGUUAAGCAGUUCCAGCGCUUCUGCGACAACCUGGAGAGGGUGGGACUGGACGGCAUCCGAGUCAUCUUCGUCUUCCACGAGAACGCUGUGCCUGAGGACGUGCGGAACGCCACGGUGGCGCGGCUACAGGCGAUGCAGACGCGCUACGCCAACGCCAUCUCGAUCGUGCCCUCGAGCCGACCCUUCGACCGCGCCUCGUCGCUGAUGCUGGGCGCCAGCCUGCUCACCGACGACGACCUCAUCCUCUUCAUGGACGUGGACGUGCUGUUCGACCAUGACGCCGUGGACGCCGUCCGCCAAUCGGUCAUCAAGGGCAAGCAGGUGUACUUCCCGGUGGUGUUCAGCCAGUACGACCCGGCCACCCUGCAGCCUGAUGAGGUGCCGGCCGACACGCCGCCUGUGGACGAGCGGCGCGGCAAGUUCCGCUACUACGGCUUCGGCAUCGCUGCGCUGUUCCGUGCCGACCUCAAGGAAGUGGGCGGCCUCAACCAGGAGAUCCACGGCUGGGGCAAGGAGGACGUCGACUUCGUCGAUCGCGUGCUCAAGCACCCGCGCAACUACACACUGAUGCGCUCGGCCGAGCCGGGCAUGGUGCACGUGCACCACCCGAUCGUGUGCGCCAGCGACUUGCCGGCUGACCAGACGGUCAUGUGCAAGGGCACGCUCAACUCGUUCGCCGCGAGCCAGCCCCACCUCGCCUGGCAGGUGUGCCGCGACGACCGCGUGCUGCAGUUCGCACGCUCGCUGCCCAAGAAGGAGCUCAAGCCGCGGACUAAGGCGAGCGGCCACUGAGUGCGGCGCGGCUAGGUGCGGGAGCGGCCCGGGGCGCGGAGCGUCCCACUGUGAUACGGACUGGAGCUGCGAACGCGGCGCGCGGGCCGCCGGUUAUUUAUUGUCGGGGUGCGGACUGCAGGCUGCUCUGGAAACGUGGAGCUUACUGAAUCGAGGUGCCAAGACUGCGACGACUCGCUGGGACGCGGGCGCGGUGCUGGUCGCGGUGGAAGGGUCUUUCCGGCGCCAGCGGAGCAGUGGCUGCUCACCUCACUCCUCACCGGCGAUGCCAGGGGGCGCUGAUGCUAGGUGUGCGCGCGGGAGCGGGUGCCAUGUUGGUGCCGUGUUUCUCCUCACCAGCCGGUAUGUUUCCAGUUUGAUACUGGCGCUCAAGGUUUGACGGCUGAGGGAGGGACAUGGUCAUUGCUAUUCGCCGUAAGUGUUUUUUCCUAUGCAAUGUUUCCUCAUCACUCUUGCCGGGGUUUGGUGGACCCAUGCUCAUGUCUUACUUUUGAGUGUAACAUCGUUCUAGCUUAUGUACAUAUACAUCCUUUUCAGCCCGUCUGUAUGGUGGGGACAUGUCAUGGAUUCUUUGUCUUAAAGGGGCUUCGUUUUUCCAGCUCUCUCGACUGUGUACCGGAAUUUUGUGCGGUUUAUUUUUGUGGUUGUGUGCACGUUUUUAGACUCGGGUCAUGUUUUGUUACUCAAUGCUACGUUCUGCUGGAUGGGGCUAAGUGUUUAGAAAGUCAUGGUCACUUCCUAGGUCAUUCGGCCUUUGGGGGCAGGGGUGUCAAAAUGCUUGUUUUUGUGAGUUCCCUCUGAGUUCAGGAGUUCUCAUUCCUUGCUGCGCCCUGGUUUGUUCAUAAUUUACCAAUGGUGCUGUUAGCCUGCUGACGUUAAUUCGGUGCUUUGCAAGCAAAUCUGAGCUGCAAACGAAUUAAUAUUAGUGCUUAGCUGUAGGCUGGAGUAAAAUCGAGCCAGCUCUGCCUUGAAAAGGAUAGGGUGGCCUUUCCUCGAGGUCGAUGACUUAACCGCAAGAGACGGGACUUUGGUGACCCAUGCUGUGUGAUGUCGAUAGUGUUGAGACCGCUGAGGCGCGGAGCAUUUACCGUAUGAGUGCUACACACGCGCCGGGCCGAACUAUGAAGACAGGCCGGUGAUGGGCGCCCGUGAUCGGCGCGUGGGCGUGCAGUGGCAUUUUCCGCCGGUGUCUACGGACCCGACUGUGGGCCCCCUUGCUGGGAUGCCAUCGCAUGGCUUUUGUUUUUAUUGCAGGUCACGCGUUAUUCUGUCCGCAUCAAAUCACAUAUCAUGGCACGUGUCCAUAGCGGCGCUGCCGGUGCUGGAGGGCCGCGCAGUUGUACUCGAUCGAUGUCCUUCGCCAUGUGUGGUGGGCGCGUGCGGUGUCCCCUGCUGCGGCGCGCGGCACGGUGGCGCGCCAAGUGCAUUGGCGUGUUACGCAGGUGUCCGUAGCGCAUCAGGGGCCUGUGAGCCGCAAACUUUCAUCGGUCGCUGGCAAUCGUUGCGAAUGAAAAUAACAUGGGCCGUGCGUGUCUUUCGCUGUUUGCCAAUUGGGUCGUUCUGGUUUAUAACUUUUUACUUGUGCGUGCGACUUCGUUGUGUAUACGUAGUGGUGUAAUAAACGUACUAUAGAUUUG